AUGGCAGAUAACAACUCACUGGAUGGUGGUGAGACUGUGCGACGACAGAUCAAUGACCAGGUCAUGAUUGUGCAGAUCCUGGUGAUGAUUUUUCUCUGCAUCAACUUGUUGCUCAUCGUCACCUUUUUUAAGAGAGAGUGCUUCUACACAACAACACGUUACAUCUUAUUUGCUGUUACAUUACUGUCAGAUAGUUUGAUGUUAUUCAUCUCUGAUAUCCUGCUCAUCUUGAGCUAUUUUCGCUUUACCAUGCAAGUUUGGUUGUGUGUCAUUAUCUCUAUUUUUGUGCUUUUGUGCUCUGUACUCACACCAGUUACUCUGACAGCAAUGACCCUGGAGCGCUACGUGGCCAUUUGCAUGCCCCUGCGCCAUGGAGAGCUGUGCUCCACACGCAGAACUGUGCACUGUAUCCUCAUCGUUCAUGGCAUCAGCUCUGUGCCCUGCAUCGUUAUUCUCUCCAUGUUCUUUGCAUCAGUAUCCCUUAGUUUCUACACACAAUAUCAGAUAUGUUCAUUAGAAAUGUUUAGCUUUCAUGUGUGGCAGGAUCAUAUUAGGUCUGCUGUACAACAAUUCUACUUCUUGGUCAUGUGCAUAAUUAUUGUUGUCGCCUAUAUUAAAAUAAUGAAAGUGGCCAAAGCUGCAUCAGGAGAGGAUAAAAAGUCAACAUGGAAAGGACUCAGAACAGUGGUUCUUCAUGGUUUCCAGCUGCUUCUCUGUCUCAUCCAGCUGCUGUGCCCAUUUAUAGAGGCCUGGAUACUUCAGAUUAAUUUCAUGUUGUUUGUUCAAGUCAGGUACUUUAAUUACAUAAUGUUUUUUCUUGCACCAAGAUGUCUGAGUCCUCUCAUUUAUGGCCUCAGAGAUGAAAUUUUUUCACAAGCACUGAAAAACUAUACCUCCAUUGGCCUAUUUAAAAGAAAUGUUAUUUGA